AUGUCUGAUAAAGAAAUUCUCGUCCAGGCAAUCCCUGCCUCCGACGCCCAGGAUGCGGAAAAAUCGCAGCAGUUCACAUUCCACGAGCAUUCGACCGGCUUCUGGCAGGCCCUUCGUUUAAACUGGCCGGCUUUUCUCUGGGGGCUGUUUAUCAAUUUUGCCACCGUCCUGAAAGGCAUCGACGGAGGCGUCGUCCGCGGUCUCGUUGGCCUCAACGCUUUCAAACACACCUAUGGCUACAACUAUCAUGGCGAGUAUGUCAUCGCUGCACACUGGAUCUCGGCAUUUAACUAUGCCAAUCUGCUGGGAGCCAUCGUGGGCGCCCUAUGUUCGGGUCCGGCUUAUGACCGGUUCGGUCCGCGGCUGAUGAUGACGAUCUGCUCGUUGCUGUCAAUCGCAUUUAUUUUCCUGCAGUUCUUCAGUCACACGCCAGCGCAGCUGUUCGUCGGUCAACUGAUCAAUGGCUGCAUCAUUGCGUUCUAUCCCAUCUGCGCGUCGGCGUAUGUCAGUGAAGUCACGCCGUUGGCAUUGCGCGGAUGUGUAGCUUCCAUGACGAACCUGGCAUUCUCGAUUGGUUCGCUGAUUGCAUCCGGUAUCCUCAAGGGCACCGAGUCAAUGGACAGCAUAUGGUCGUACAAGAUCCCCAUUGCAACGCAAUGGAUCAUGCCCGUCGUCAUCCUCUCAACCAUUGCCUUCUGUCCAGAUCCCCCAUACUGGCUCUGCCGAAAAGGCAAAACAGAUGCGGCCAUGCGCUCACUGCGCCGGCUAGCCACGCCACAGAUCGACGUUAGUCUUAAACUAGCACAUAUCCAAGAAACACUCCGCCUAGAAGCAGGUUUCAAAAACCACUCCAAUCGACCAAACUACCUCGAGUGUUUCCGCGGCCCUGACCUCCGACGACUGAUUAUCUGCGUCAUGGCAUAUGAUAUGCAGGCUUUUGCGGGUAAUGUCUUCUUCAUUAGCUACGCCGUGCAUUUUAUGGAAGUUGCUGGGUUAAGCUCCUCCGACGCGUUUUCCAUGAACCUCGGCAUGACUGCGAUCGGUCUCGUGGGUACUUGCGUCUCAUGGACACUGUUGUCAUGGGUUGGUCGUCGACCUGUGUACCUCGUCGGGUGCUCUGUUCUUUGUGCGCUGCAGCUCGCUAUCGGUCUGGUUGACGCUAUUGCUCCUCAGAAUCAUAGCGGGAAUAAGGGCGCAACCUGGGCGCAGUGCGGUCUGAUGAUUGCCUGCACGUUGGUGUAUGACUUAACUCUGGGACCGUUCUGCUACGUGCUGCUGGCUGAGGUAUCGUCUGCGCGGCUGCGCGGGGCUACAGUCGCUUUGUCGACAGUUAGCUGCUUUAUCUGGUCGAUUGUGUUUGCCGUGGCUAUUCCGUACGCCAUGGACAAAGACGAGGCGAACUGGGGUGGAAAGCUGGGAUUCCUUUUCUCUGGAACGACGCUGUUGUGCUUGGUAUAUUGCCUUUUUUGCUUGCCGGAGACUAAAGGAAGGACGUUUGAGGAGUUGGAUAUCCUGUUCGAGAGGAAAGUGCCGAGUCGGAAGUUCAAGAAUUAUCAGAUUGAUAUAGCUAUUGAGCGGGAGAGCACUGCUAGUUCACAGUCAUGA